AUGGGAGACGAAGAUAUUUCCGCUCUCGUUAUUGAUAACGGAUCUGGUAUGUGUAAGGCUGGGUUUGCCGGUGAUGAUGCUCCUCGAGCUGUCUUUCCGUCCAUCGUUGGUCGUCCACGUCACCAAGGUGUCAUGGUUGGUAUGGGACAAAAAGACAGUUACGUCGGUGAUGAGGCCCAGUCCAAAAGAGGGAUUCUCACCCUAAAGUACCCUAUUGAACACGGAAUCGUCACCAACUGGGAUGACAUGGAAAAGAUUUGGCACCAUACAUUCUACAAUGAAUUGCGUGUUGCGCCUGAAGAACAUCCUGUUCUGCUCACCGAGGCCCCAUUGAACCCAAAAGCAAACAGAGAGAAGAUGACGCAGAUUAUGUUUGAAACAUUCAACACACCUGCUAUAACGACGGGUAUUGUGUUGGAUUCUGGAGAUGGCGUCUCCCAUACCGUCCCCAUCUAUGAGGGUUAUGCCCUACCUCAUGCGAUCAUCCGUAUGGACCUGGCCGGGCGUGACUUGACCGACUACCUGAUGAAAAUUCUGACGGAACGUGGUUAUAGUUUUACCACAACUGCCGAACGCGAGAUUGUUCGUGAUAUCAAAGAGAAACUGUGCUUUGUAGCCUUGGAUUUCGAACUAGAGAUGCAAACAGCGGCGUCCAGCUCUGCACUUGAGAAAAGCUAUGAACUGCCUGAUGGUCAGGUAAUCACGAUAGGAAAUGAGCGAUUCAGAUGUCCGGAAACCCUGUUCCAACCGGCCUUCAUUGGAAUGGAAAGUGCUGGAAUUCAUGAGACUGCCUAUAGUUCAAUCAUGAAAUGUGAUGUAGACAUUCGUAAAGAUUUGUACUCCAACAUUGUUCUCUCCGGUGGCACCACAAUGUUCCCGGGUAUUGCGGAUCGUAUGCAGAAAGAAAUCACCCAGUUAGCACCACCAACAAUGAAAAUCAAAAUCGUUGCACCACCCGAGCGCAAGUACUCGGUCUGGAUUGGCGGUUCUAUUCUUGGCUCGCUUUCAACUUUCCAACAGAUGUGGAUAUCGAAAAAUGAGUAUGACGAAUCGGGUCCAUCGAUUGUGCACAGGAAAUGUUUCUAA